UGCGCCCGCGCACGCAGGCGGGUCGCGCAGACCGUUGUACGUUUUGAAAACAAACCGUUCAUUUGUUAUUCGAAAAAUCUAUCACAAAACGAUCAAACAGUACGUAGAAUUCGCAAACAACGCAACGAGUAUUGGAACUUGAAGGAACAUUGUCGGUGGGCAGGUUUUGGUGAAACAGUAUCGUUAUACUACUUUGUAUGUGAUUAAUUGAAGAUGUAGUGGGUGAUGUGCUAGAACUGUGUUCAUUUGUUUGUUGUUUUUAUAUGGACUACCUACCUUGAAACACGAUGAAGCCAUUUGUAGAACUUAUUAUGUAUUAUACCAUUAGUUACAAUGGCCACAUGUGUUCAGUUUCCAACGAAUCCUACCUCAGAUAUGUCUGUAGAUGAUAGAAGCUUGCAAAAGGGAAACAAAACUCUAGAACAGUCUGAUGAAAGUGGCCAUGAAAUUGAGACAGAUAUCGAAGAAAAAGAUAAAAAGUUCUUAGAUGACGCAAUGAGAACUGUUUUGGAUCCAAAUUCAGUAAUAACAAAGAAUACUGAUUUUGUUGAUACUUUUAAACAACAACUAGACGCAUUGGAUAAAGAAAAUAUUACAUUGGAAACAUUUAUGGAAAAAAUGGAUAAAUUAAGUUUAGAUGUAUGUAAAACAUCUCAAGAAUCAUUAUGGGCAUAUGUUACUGAUAUCAAUAAUGAAAUUAAAAAGAAUAGAAUGGUUCGUAUUGCUGCAGAAGAAGAUGAAAUUAAGAAACAGUACUGGAAUAUUAUAAAGAAAAAAUAUUUAGAUAAAAUACAACUCACAAAUGAUUCAAAAUUAAAAAGAAAAUUAAGAAUUAUAAAAGAAAGAGGUACUAAUGUUCAAAUGCCUCAAAGUAAGCAACGUGAAGAAAUUGAUAUGAUGCAGCGUAUCUGGAGUCGAGUGACAGUGUGUGCAUAUAACGCCACAACAUGUAACACAGAUGAAUCUGUCAAAACUAUGAGUGAUGUUAUAUCAAUUUUCAAAACUAGUAAUGACACAAAAGAGCUAUCGUAUUAUUGGAAAGCAUAUCGUGAUACAACUGGAAAGAAAAUCAGACCAGUGUUCAAAGAUUAUGUAACAAGAAUGAACAGAGUAGCUGAAUUAGAAAACUUCACUGAUGCUGGGGACAUGUGGAGAUAUGCUUUUGAAGAUGACAAUUUUGUGCAGACAGUUGAUAGAAUAUGGCAUGAAAUUAAACCUUUUUACGAUCAACUACACAAUUAUGUUAGAGCUAAAUUACAACAGUAUUACACAAAAGAUAUGCAAAACGACAGCACUAUUCCAGCUCAUAUAUUAGGUAACUUGUGGGCCCAAGAGUGGCAAGCUAUAUACCCGAAAGUUGCUGCAUAUCCAAAUCAUAUGGUACCUAAAUUAUUGACAAAUGUGAAUAUGCAUUCUAAAGAUCUAUUUGAUACAGUUGACAAGUUUCAUCAAUCUUUGGGAUUCGAAAGUGCUAAUGACUCCUAUAAAAACAUUAGAGACACAAUGACCACUGCGAACUGUUUGCCUUCAAGUCACGAUAUGUGUGACGGAGUUAACUAUAAGAUAAAAUGGUGCGGAGAGAAGGUUACUGAUGUAGUGGUUGGUUUAUCGCGAGCAGCUAGACUUUUAGGUCAUGUUCAAUAUUUCAAGCAUUAUAGGCGUUUACCUCCGCUAUAUAGAGAUGGACCUAAUCCAGCGUUUCAUGAUGCAGUAUCAGAUAUUGUCGCUGUACAAUUGAGUGCACCUGAAAAUCUAAAAAAAAUGGGUUUAGUCAAUGAGACUGGACCAGAAGUUACCGUGAAUCAUCUACUUUGGCUUGCUUUAGAGAAGUUUCCAUUGAUGGCAUACGCUUAUGUAUUGGACAAAUGGCGUUGGGAUGUGUUCGGCAAUAAUUCUUUGGAGAACUGGAAUCAACAUUGGUGGGACCUGAGAAUCAACGAAACUGGCGUAUCAUCUCCCGUUCCUAGAAAUGAAAGUGAUUUAGAUCCAGCAGCUAAAUACCAUGUAGUAUCUCAUGUUCAGUAUAUUACUUACUUGAUCUCUCAUGUAUUGGAAUUUCAAAUUAUGUCGUCACUUUGCAAGCAAGCUAAUCAUACAGGACCAUUGCACGAAUGUUCCAUACGCGGUGUAAAGGAAGCGGGAAAAUUACUCAGUGAUGGAAUGGCAUUGGGAGCAAGUGAAGAUUGGAGGACAGUGCUAAAGACGAUGACUGGUGAAACCGAGUUAUCUACAAAAGGAAUACUGGAAUAUUUCUCGCCCCUUGAACUAUUUCUUAAAGAAGCGAAUUCAAAGUUUACUCAAGAGCCGAAGGAUAUGGAUCAAAGUGCACCUAUUAUUGUUGGUCUUAUAGUUUUGUUGUUAACGCUCUUAAUAGUAGUUCUUUACUGUUUGAAAAAAUAUAGAGCAGGUGGUGGAAUAUUGUCCGUGUGUGGAUUAAGUAAAAAUGGUUCCUUAGAUAUUGUAACGAACGAAAUACCUCAAGGCAAACACAACGAAGUAGAUGGUAUUCACGAAGAGAAAGUUUGAUUUUGGUACUAUAAUAUAUAUAAUAUAAUCAUUAUCAAAAUGUUACCUAUAGAUGAAUCAAAUUAUGGAAUAUUUUGCUACCAAAUGUACAAUUGAAUCGAAUUGAAUUUAAAUCCGUCGAAGUUGUUUACUUGAAUCCCCAGUGAAAGAGUAUUCCGUGAAUUUUUAAUUAGAAAUAUGCACCCCUAAAAUAUGUAACAUUAAAUUUUCUAAAUCUACAUUUAUAUAAGUAGAUACAAUGACACAUGACUUGAAAUAAUUUGAUAUAAAGUUGAAACAAAAUCUAAGGAAAGAUUAGGUUUCACUGUGACAAAAUGAAUGUUCAGAACUCAAUACUUACCUACUUUAUAAUUUUGAAUUUAAAGCCACUUACCUCGUGACUACUUAGCCUUAGCCUUAGUUUUGAAUUGUUGUUAUAAGAAACCAAAUAACAUGAUAUUUUUGUCAAAAUCAAUACAACUAUUUAUUUACAACAAAGGUGAAAAAUAUGCAUUAAUAAAACAUCUUUAUGUAUAUUUACCACAGAGCAAAAGUCGAUAUACAGUCGUAUUUUUUAAUAUCCGGCUAUCAAAGAUGUACAAGUAAACAUAAGUAUGUACAUACAUAUGGAGGUUCUUCUUUGUUUUUUGUAGAAGAUGGUAUAUCGUAUCGUUGGUGUACAUUUCUAAUAAAUAACUUUUGGAACUUUGGAAUUAAAAGCGAUGAGUAUAUCUUAUUACGAUGUAUAUUUAAGUAUCUAUAUCACAUUU